GGCAUUUGUGCCGUCUGGGUUCACGCAGCCGUCGCACUUGUGCAGAUUUGCAGAAGAAUCCAGCAAAUUUUGCGCAGAUCGCUUUUUUUAGUGUGUGUCGUGGUCGCAGCGCUUGUUUGUCAAGUUUGAUGCAAUUCUUUUCCGGGAUGACAGUGUUUAAUAGAACAUUUUUUGUGUUUUCCCUUACUUGUCGUUUAUCGUUUAUUUUCGUGAAUAUGUAUACGCCAUGAGAAUAGUUUAUUUAAUUGCAUUUAUUUUAGCUCCAGCGCUCCUUAAAGCAGAUUUACAGUCAGGAGAAGAAAGAUGUGGCUUCACAAGGGAAUGGCUGGAAUCACUCACAGUGUCAAGGGAACUCAGGAAAAAUGGUUUUCACAGGGAGCUUGUGACCAGUGUAUGCUGUGGCCUGGGGUCUCCCAAAAACCUGCAUUUCCUGCUGGUGGAGAGGCUUCCCAAAGGAAUCUACAUUGACCCUUACCAGCUAACAUCAGAACAACACGACACUGGCUUACAGGUGCUUCUGGACACAGAAAUUGAUGUGGAAGCCCCGGCGUAUGUUUCUUCUGCGUUUCCUGCCCUAGUUUAUCCCACACGGGACCCUGCAUCUCCUGUGUGCUUGAAGGCAGUUGUGCCAAUCCAUGGGCGCUAUCAUCGUCCUUCAGAUUCCGGGAAGAGAACUGCCCCGAUUGACAUCGAGAACCCCCACCUGCUGCUCCGAGCAGACUCCUGUGAUCUGCCUCCGAACUUCAUCCCUUAUACACUGACGGACGCCCCCUGUACAGCUCUUAAUCACAGCAUGUGCAGAUGGCUGCAGAUACAUUCUGCACAGGAGCCUGGGCCGCUGCGCCUGGAGAUCCCCGUGGGGGACAUGCGACUGGUUGGAUUGGUUUCCGCUGCCACCCUGCUCGUGACCCUGCUGAGCUGUGGCUACCUUGCAGGGGCCGUGUGGAGAAAUGAAUUCCUCCAGUCUCGUCCCCCUGUCAGCCAGGGGACCUGACGCCCGGUCCUCAAAGGGACUUUCCAAAGUGUUUGUGAUUGCCUGGACAAAGGAUUUUAAACAUUAGAUCUGAUGUAUAAUAAUUUAUUCUAAAAGCUUCAUAUUUAUAUUUGUAGAUUCUCUGUUUAAACUUAAAUGAUGACAGAUAUGCAAAACUACUACCACUACUAAGAAUAAUCAGCCACUACAUCUGGUGUGAAUUUGUCUUUUGGGCGUGUACACCGUAUGUUAGCAUUGCAUUGGGUGGACAUAUCUCUUUAAGUGUGGGAGUUUUGUAUUUGUCAGAAAAGUAAAUAAAAACUCGAAAAUGGUGUCAA